AUGGUCCCGAAACUGUUGUGUCUACCCAUGCAAGCUUAUCUGUGGAUGCUCUUCAACUACCUGCUACCCGCGGUUAUUAUGAUUAGUUCUCAUGCAUACGUCAUUCAUGUGUUACGCCAUCCGACUCCUGGCCAACAACGUGAUCGACAAGUCCAGAAUAAUGUCAGAAGGCUAAUUCUGACAACAUCGCUGAUGGCAGGUCUACUUACGGUGCUCCAUUUCUACGAAGCGAUCAGAUAUAUCCUAGCGAAUUCGAACGUUAUUCGCUACGCUGCUGGCGCUGCGAUCCAACAAGUCGGUGCCCUACUCAUUACGCUAAGUGCCCUCUUAAACCCGUGUGUUUUGUUAGCCACGUGCGAAACGGCACGCAUGCAGGAUAGUCCGAGGAUACCAAGGUCGAGCCACCAGAGCCCCGGACAGGAAAGAGUAGCUGAUUGA